UUUCGGAAAAUUUUCUCUAAAAUUAGUGUUUCAGUCUACUUUUUCGUGCAAAACAAUGCUAGGUAUUGCUUAUCUAACAAUGGGUGACAUUGAUGAGCUGUAAAAUUCGACAUCGGAAGUGAGCUACUGGUUAAUCGAAGCAAAAAGUCAAAAGAAGUCCUACAAAGGAAAGGGCAAAAAACGACUGCUGACUGGGCAAUCCGCAGAUAGGAAACGAAACGAAUAUCGUACGUAAAAGGAGGAAGGAGAGCGUGAACGGGUUUUUCCUUGCUUGCCUCGCGUUCCAGCUUUCGGGUCUCGCGCAAUUACCUUCGCGCAGUCGAGCAUCUCGCGCUCCGUCUGGGUGACAUUGGACGUGUACUCCUACCCUUAUAAUUAGUCUGUAGUUUUGAAUUACUUCCAAAAACAAGCACUUGAGUAGCGGGAUGGCCUCGACGAUGCAGUUAGAGUUUGCACAAGCGAUGGCAGAUUUUAAGAAUAUGUUCCCGGACAUGGAUAGGGACGUGAUAGAGGCAGUGCUUCGAGCAAACCAGGGCGCAGUGGAUGCGACAAUCGAUCAGCUGUUAGCGAUGAGCACCGAUAAUCAGAAUGAGAAACUUCGCCAAGAGUUAGAUGGAGAGACGGGCAGGACUCCACCGACAGGUGGACCAAAUCCGCCGACCGGAACUGGUACAUUGCUUAAUUUAUCCAGUAGUCCAGCAGCAACACUGCUCAGUACCUCGCCUAAAUCGACGGCAUUGGGGGCAUCCCCCAAGAUUAAGAAAUCUCCCGGUAGCACCAGUGCUACCAGUAGUCCGAGAACGUUGGUUAUCGGUGCCGUACCCAGUCGAGAAGCAGAGAAAUCUCCGGCCAACCGCCGAUGGAAUCCACCGAUGUUGGGCCCUCUGCCGCCCAGCUUCCUUCGGCUUAACAGUGACGCUUGCCGUAAUACCGAAUUCGAUCUUGGUGACGAACAGUUUGCGAUGAUGCUGCAGAACGAGGAGUUCAUGGCGGAACUGAGAUGGAACCAGGAGUUCCUGUCCGCGCUGGAAAAGGACCACCAGGGCAAGGUUUCCGACGAUGCCGCCUUCAAGGAACGGCUGCGCCAUAUGGGUAAGAUAUCGCGGAAGAAGUUUGCCCAGCUCGCUCGGGUGUUCACCUGGCAGCGGGGUACGAACAAAAAAGCUAGUGCCGUUCGACACCCGGACUCGCUGCUGCUGCAGGAGGAACACAGUGACGACGACGAGCCGAGAAAGUCUGUUAAAAAGUAGAUUGUGUGUCCGCGUUCGUUCGUUCGUUCGUUCGUGUGUUCUGUGGGGUCCGUGGUUUUAUGGUCUGACGGCGGUGUUGUGCGUGGUAGAAGGUGCAAAAUUUAUUCCAGAGUUUUACCCUAAUUUUAGUGGUUUUAAAAGAUAAGACUGUUGUAUUUUUUGGUGAAAAGUGAAAUUUUUCAGAGGGUUAAAAGGAAGGGAUACGAUGAAAACGUUUAUCUACAAUCUGGGUCGAGCGAAGACCUUCUCGAAGUGCGGUCAUAUCAGCUGCAUAUGUUUUGUUUUUAUUUCUGCUUUAAGUGCAAUCGCGUUAUAGGUUUUUGUUGUUUUAAUUUAUUUGUAUAUAUAGAGAUUUUGUUUAUUUUCACUUUGUUCUCGUUAGUUGUAGAAUUCUGAGAAGCAUUUAGCCUUUAUCGUGUAACCUUAUUUACUAUUGUACUCAACCUGAGUUAGAUUGUGAUCAUAUACUCGCUUGUGAGGGAAAAGUUGUAUGGAAAGUUCAAAUAAUUGAACAAUUUAUUAGGUUUAUUAGUGACAGUUACUAGAGAAACACCAUACCGCAAAAAUUCUUGAUAAUUCCUCAUCAUGUCGGUCGAGCAUUGUAGAUAAAGGAAAAGUAAUUAUUGAAUUAAUCAUCUGACGCAGUAAAAAAGAACGUGAAGCAAAUUAAAGUUGAAAAUAUUAGCAUUGACUAGUCAUCGCAAAACAUUGAAAUGGAUUUUGGCUCUGGGCAAAACUCUCACACUAGGAAUCUCUUUCUCUAUUAUGCCCGAACACGGACGAAACGAUACAUAAAAGAGAUAAUUUAACUGUUACAACAAAUACUGAGCCUAAAACGCAAACAACCAGUAAACAAAACAUAACUAAAUGAUAAAGAAAAAGAAAACAAAAACAGCGUGAAGCUUAGUGUAAAAUGAAAGCGCAAGGGCACUGACUACUUGUGCGCCCUAUUUAAUUAUUAUGUAUAUUGUUCCGCUAUGCAAAUCUAGCUGAGUGUCACGUAAUGCGCCAUGAAUGAUUAGCUCAGUCUAGAAAGCAAAUUGUGAAAAACAAAAAAACGUAGCUAAUUUGCAGUUAUAUUUUGUUGCGAAACGAAUACUUUCAUUAUUUAGUGUGGCAAAAUGUCUGUUUUUUUCUGUAAUAUGCAAUUGAACUUCCUAGCUUUGUUGGAGUUUAGACAUAAAUUUAAAUCAGGGUCUACUUUCAACAGUAAAAUAUAAACCAUUUUGGCUCCAAGGAAAAAGGAGAUCUCAGCAUAUUCACGUCACGUCACGUUCUUCGGAAGAUAUGUCUAACGUUGGACCGGACCAAACUGCAUCCCAACUGUAGUACCAGCAGAAAAUUUUUGGGGCAAUGCUUUUCAACAAUUAAUUUGCAAUUGUUGAUUGGAAGAUUGAUUGGGUCUCGAUGGAGCUCCUAAAGUUCAACUGCUCCUGCGGAUGCCUACUCUAAAAACGGAGCGGAUGUUUUCGCGUCUUAAUCUUUAAGUCGUUAACCUUAAACAGGACUCUAUCACUCAUAGCUGAUUGUCCUUUUAUCAAGUCAAGUUUUAUCAGUCUCAGCUUCCGAUGACAGUGUCAUGCUUUUGGCGGAAUUCAGAAAAAACAUCACGAUUGGUAACGUUACUAAAGAAGGUCUUAAUUCAAAACAGUCACGAUUUGAACAGUCCUUAUUAAGUAUUAAAAUAAUGGACAAACUCAAUUUCUGAUCCAUAUCCAUGCGCAGCUUGGUAAAUGUAGUUUCAAGUAACAAUUUCCCGAAGCAUUCCAGAUCACUUGAGGCCGGUGAAGUCAAACUAUACUGGAAACCUGAUGAACGUUCAUUCUUCUUUCCGUCGAAGCAUCUCGUACCUUACGCCUUCUUCUAGUAGCAUAGAGCCGGGGUGACUCGCAUGCUGUAUCAAGAAUCUGUCUCUAUAACGCUCGGUCCUGGGCUUUUUUUUGUAUGCCAAAAGGGCAUUGGGUUAAAAGGCCACUGCGACAGUCGGUCCUGGGCUACUCGUCGAUAAUUCGUUGAGUGCCUCGACAUCUGCGAAUGGGCUUCAAUCUGGUCGAGUCAUCUAGCACGUCGAGCCUCUCUAUUCCUGGUGCUGGUGAGGUUCUUGAACAAAUUUCUCUGCACAGUCGUCUGUCAUUCUCGCGGCGCGGUCCACCUUAGCGUUUCAACUUUCACUAGAUGUACGAUGGGAAUCAAGUAGUGCCUAGAACGCGUGGUUCAUACGCUUACGCCACUCUUUGCUAUCCGUUUGUACUCCUCCAAAAAUAGUCCGCAACACCUUUCAUUCAAAUACGGCAAGUGCCAGUAUAUCUUCCGUAACCUACUGUCCGUCAGCUUCGUGCGGUGGCGUAUGCUCCUUGAUCGAAGCGUCUUCCGGAGGGAAAAGUAGGCUCGAUUUCCAGUUUAAAUGCGUCGUUGAAUUUCCGUACUCGUAUUAUUGUCAGCGGUGACAAGAGAUCCCAAAUAUAUGAAUUCAUCAACGACUUGCAGUUCAACGCCGUCAAUUGUCACUAUCCGGGGGAGGCAAACGUUGCCUUCUCUGGAGCCUCUUCCUACCAUAUAUUUGGUCGGUUUGGUGGUUCGACGCAUUGAUUUGUAACCCAAUCCUCGUAGCUUCUGUUUCAGUCUGGCGUAGAUUGCCUCCGCCAUCUGAAGGUUUCUAGUGACGAUCGUCGAGGUCGUCCUCGUGCAUUAUCUGCCAUAGCUGUUCGCGCUCGAUUGUAUCGUAUUCUGCCCUGAAAUCCACGGAAUUAUAAUGCGUGGACAGGUUGUACUCCCGACAUUUCUGGAAGAUUUGUCGGAGAGUGUAAAUUUGAUCCGUAGUAGCACGGGUUUCCAUAAAGGUCGCAUGGUACUGCCCUACGAAUUGUCUUGCUAUCAGUGUAAUGCUGCGAUAACCGAUCGCCAUUUUUAUAGAUGGAGAAAACCACUCCUCCGGCAGUUUCUCCUCUUUCCAAAUCCUUGAAUUUAUCUAGUGGAGUGUCAUUGCUACUUAGUGCUUUUUGGCCAUAUUUGUAGAGUUCAGCUGACCGAUUUCUCGUCGAAUUUCGCCGAUCGGAAACCAGCACGUUGUUAUCGUUUGUAGGCAUUCCUAGGUUAAUUUCCGUUCCGUCUAUUUCUGUUAACUGUCACCGUCGAGAUUCUCAUCGAAGAAUAGCUUUCACUAGUGCUCGCUUCACCCUCGUUUGUGACCAGGUUUCGCUCCUCGUCCCUACUCAUAUCAGAUUUCGGUGUAUAUCUUUUACGAGAUUUAUUUUACCUACUCAUAUAGAACUUGCGCAUCUCAUUAGUCCGGAAUAGUCGUCGCGAUUUCUGUCCUUCUAUUUUCCCACAGAACCAACUUGUGAAGCAAAAGCGGGCAAUUUUUUGCGUUGCAUUUUGCUUCUGUUUUGUAAUCCGAACAAUCGUCCUAUUCAGAUACUGAGUAUGCUGAGUCAAAUUUUCCGCUGGAUUCGGUAGAAAUGGAUAGCUUCGAUAUCUUGCUUCCAAUGAUAGUUGUAGGGUUGUACACUCGAGUCUUUUUUUACACGGUUUGUUUUUUUCGAUUACUCAAGAACGGUGCUACUUAAUGACCAUUUACAAACUAUGUACAUGAUAGAUGUCGGGCCUCUCCCAAAUGUAUCGAGAAAUAAAUAAAUAGUCCCUAAAUUACAACCCCGUUCCUAAUAAUCGAAAAACCAAACCGAGUAAAAAAAGUAUUUGAGUGUAGUGUCAAAGAAAAUAUAUAAUUCCUAUGGUCCCACACCGGAUGGCGCAGUUACUGAACCUUUCGCUUUCAUUCUCAGUCGGUCAUUCGAGUAGGAUUUCUUACGAGUUGGAAACUAUCAUCUUCUAUAUAAAAAUGGAUUUCUGUCUGUCUGUCUGUCGGGAUGUUCCUUAUAGAAUCAAAAACUACUGAACCAAUCGGCGAGAAAAUUUGUAUGUAGAGGUUUUUGGGACCAAAAAGGUUUUAGUGAUGGUUAGAGACCCCUCUCCCCACUAAGAGGGGGCUCCCAUACAAAUGAAACACAUAUUUCUGCAUAACUCGAGAACUAAUCAAGCAAAUAGAACAAAAUUUGGCAUGUGGGUGUUUUUGGAGACAUUUUUUUCUAUGAUGAAUUGGGAUCCCUCCCCACUUUAGGAGGGGGGCUCCUAUACAAAUAAAAUACAAAUUUCCUCAUAACUCGAGAACUAAUCAAGCAAAUGGAAUAAACUUUGGCAUGUGAAAGUUUUCUAGGGCAAGAAUAUUUUCUAUGGUGAAUUAGAACCCCUCCCAACUGUAGGAGGGGGGGCUCCCAUACAAACGAAAUACAAAUUUCCUCAUAACUCUAGAACUAAUCAAGCAAAUGGAACCAAAUUUAGCAUGUGGGUGUUUUUGUAGGCAAGAAUAUUUUCUAUGGUGAAUUAGGACCCCUCCCCACUUUAGAAGGGGGGCUCCUAUACAAAUGAUAAUUCAAAUUUCCUCAUAACUCGAGAAUUAAUCAAGCAAAUAGAACCAAAUUUGGCAUUUGGAGGGUUUUGGAGGCAAAAAUUUUUUCUAUGAUGAAUUAAGACCCCUCCCCUGUUUAGGAGUGGGGGCUCCCAUACAAACGAAAUUCAAAUUUCCUUACAACUUGAGAACUAAUCAAGCAAAUGGAACCAAAUUUGGCAUGUGGGAGAUUUUGGAGUCUUGAAUUUAUUUUAUGAUAGUUAGAGACCUCUGACCCCUGUGGUAGGGGGAUAUGGACUCUCAUACAAAUAAAACAGAAAUUUUUGCGAAACUCAAAAACUAAUAGAACUCGAGAAAUUCGAGACUUUUCUAUAAAACAUUAGUCAAUAACAAGACCACAAAAACUAUCUAUAGUAACACUAGAUCAUUCAGGACGAGACGGCCGCGAGUGUUGCCGGUGACCCGCCGUCGGAAGCACCGCCCACUGGGGGGAGGCAACUCCUCGCAGAAAUUACUACUGUCUAGGUUUAUUCGUUUUCCUAGGUCUACCUGGGUUUCCUGGAACGAGCGACAGGGAGUAAGGAGAGGAUCGCGAAAUGGUACUUUCCACAAAAAAGUUUUCCGUGAAAUGGUACAUCCGCUUAAGGUUUUUCGCAAAAUGAUAUUCGGCGAAAUGGUGUACAAUCAUGGCGAAUAUUACUAUCCGCUUUCUGGCUAUGCAAUGAGGGGACAGGGGAGUUGUUUUCUACUUUACUGUGAGGAAAAAUUGCAAAUUUGUAUAUUAAACUACCCAUUCCUGGUAACUAAUAAGCAUUAACAUAAGCAGCAAAUCAGCGUAUCUGGCAUUUUAUGCUGCACGUUGUUGUAUAUUAGCUUUUUGACUGCAUAGGUGUUGUAAAUUGGCAUUCAAAAUUGUAUUCAAAUUCUUCGUGUCGGUAAUUAGCUGUAAAUUAGCAUUGUCAGCACUAUAAGAAGGUUAUCAGUACAGUAGCUGUAUAUUUUGCCAAAAUAGCAUUUAAGUAGCAUUUAAGGUGACUUAAAUGCUUAUUGGCCUACAUUUGAAUAGCAGUGGUGAUGCUUAUUGGUUACCUGGGAUGCUUUCAUAGUUAUGUAACUGCCAAAAUGAAUUAUCUAAGGUUGAACUCGUCAGAAACUUGCAAAACUCGAGAUUGUGACAAAGAUCAUCCGAGAUUCAUGAUUUAUGUACAACACAGGUUAAUUUGUGGCAAUACGAAGUUUGUCGGGUCAGCUAGUCAUACUAUAUAAAUGGUGAUCGUCGUGACUUGAAAAACCACCGUGGGAUAACCAGCUUCUCAGCCGCUUCGAAGUUGUUCGAACGCAUUCUUCAAGCCACGGUCUUAUAUUGCAUCUAACCAGCAUGGUUUUAUUCCCGAUUUGAAAGCGGCCUUCAACAAAAUUUACCAUAAAGUAUGACUUCGCAAACUGUGUCAAAUAGGAGCCUCCAGCAAGCUAUUGGUAUGGUUUUCAUUGUACUUAGCUCCUGCGUUUUUUCACUACUUGUUAAUGCCUCUGGCGUCCCGCAAGUGAGCAAUUUAAGAUCACUUUUGUUCAUCACCGUCUUCAACGAUGUUGCAUUCUUGCUUCGCAAUAAGCGUAAGCUUAACUAUACCGAUAAUUGAAAGUGAUUUAAAGAUGUACGUAGUGGUGCGUUGUGUUGAGGACUGUCUCCACUUACAAAUGUUGCUGAAUGUAUUCGGUAAUUACUGUCAAAUGAACAACCUCCUUAUCAGUAUCGCAAAAUGUAACGUGAUGACUUUUCAUCGUUCUAUAGAAUCGUUCACCUUCGAAUGCUACAUCAACAGUACUCUUCUCAACAGAAUGGACCAUGUAACGGAUCUUGGUAUUCUAUUGGAUCCAAAGUUUACCCUUCAUGCUCAUUACAUGCCGAUUAUAUCAAAAGCAAACCGACAACUUGGCUUUAUUUCUAAAAGUGCCGAUGACUAUACAGAUGCGCAUAGCCUGAAAGCAUAGUGUAUUGUGUCCUCGCUAGACCGAUCCUUCAGAACACCCCAGUAAUAGUUCAAACGAGUUCAAAUUCAUGCAUACGGAUUGCUCUCAGGAAUCUUCCGUGGCAUGAUCCUUCGAAAUUCUGCCGCGUAUCCUCCAGAUGCCAAUUUCGUAUUCUCGACACGCAUGUCUUCGAACAGGGUACAGCCAACUACUUUUGUUGUUGAACUGCUAGCCGCGACAUGAAUUGCCCACGGCUUUUAUUUCUGCUUUAUUUCCAUGCUCAAGAAGUACAUUACGACAGCGGUCUAUAAUGCAGUCUGAAUUUCACCGUACCUGCUAUGGUUACCAUUAACCCAUUUUUGCGAUGAUUCGCCUGUUGGCAUCAGUCGAAUCUGCGUUCAAGUUGAGCAGCAUUGCAGAUUGAAUUAUUUAAUUUAUAACUACAUUAUUCAUUAAGACAAAAUUGUCAGAUGAAUUGUGGAGAAAUAACCAAAACCAGAUAAACAAAGUAACGCGAGAUUUCCAUUUUGGUUGAUCUUUUUUGAUAUCUUCUUAUAAGGGGAAAGAUGUAACAGCAGGCCAUGAUAAUGAUGGAAGAGCUAAUUAUUUUGCUGAUAAAUAAUAAUGAGAUAGGUAUAUUAUCAAAUUAGCCUCUGUUUUUAAUACAAAAUGAAUAUCAAUAUUGUUUGUUUAACUAUAGGGGAAGGGCAGUAAAGACGGACACUGCGGGAAAGACGGACACUUAUCAUAUUUCAUAAACAAUAAUUUUUUGAAGCAAACCAAUGAUGGGAAAUGUUUCUAUAGACUGAAUAAACACUUUUGAAUUAAACUGCCGAUUUCUAGCAGCGCAGCUGUCAAAUUUAUAAGCAAAACAAAGAAAAAAUGCCUAAAUACGCUAACCGAUGUAAUUUUGUGUGUGAAGAAAAUAGCUGGUAAAUCGUUAAAAAGCAAUACUUUCGUGCUAUAACGACGACAUUACGUUAGUUUGACCCUUCACUGAAUGUCCAUUGGAAAUCUAGUGAAUUUUUGAAUAUUCAGUAAAAAGUUAUUAAAGUUUGAAAAAAUGGUAUCCAAGUCGGGAAAGACGGACACCCGAAGGUAGGGAAAGACGGACACAAAGAUUCCGUAUUCAUUUUGCCUAACAACGAUUUAAAUUGCAAAUACUUGCAUAUUAUACAUGUAAAAGUAUCCAGAAGUCAUUUAACAGUUGGAAUAGGCCAACUUUUAAAAACGAUUAAUUCAUCACCAAUUAAAAUAUUGAAGAUUAUAAAAGGGAACCAUUUUAUUUCCUCGCUCAAAGGGGAAAUUGGGUAGGGGGUUUUCCCAAGCCAAUUCUUUCCUAAAUACAUGAUGAAAUAUGUUAAUCUUUCUUAAUACUGAUAAUUCGUCGGCGCGUGACGCCUUUUCGCGAGUGUCCGUCUUUCCCAUAUCAAGUGUCCGUUUUUCCCGCCCAUGCGCAGAAACUCUGAUUUAUACAUAAUGUUUAUAAUAUUAAAGAAAGUAUAAAUUUUGGAAGAAAUUUUCUAGUACACGCUGUAACUUUAUUAGACAGAGACUUAAAGUUUCAGUUUGUAUGAAAAUUGCAAUCAAUACAGUUAUAUUUGAGUAGAUAUUGACUCUUGACCUUAAGGUGUCCGUCUUUACCGCCCUUCCCCUACCAUCAGUAUAAGAAAAGUGAUAUUGAGAAAAUUUAUGAUGAAAAUUGAGCAACAAAUUCUUUAAAGCAUUCUUCUUAGUUCACGUUAACUAUCUAUGAUGGUGGAAACUAAAGAGUAUAGAAAAUUUCAUGGAAGAAUGACCGCUGAGCCGGAUUCAAUAGAAACUUGAACAAAAUAGUCAAAUACACAUAAUUUGAAAUGGUAAUCUUAUCUUGGGUAAAACAUAGCGAAUCUCAUUUUUCUUUAUAGAACGAAGAAAAAAUAAAUCAUCUGGAGAACCAGUUUAUUACUUUGUGCGUGGAAGUGAAAAUUGCAUAUUGCCUGUUAAAAAGCAGUAAUCUCCAUUGUUUGCUUAACUCAAACGCUUUGUGAUUCUUUGAACGCCAUUCAAGCCAUGCAAACGCAAUAAACAGUAAAUAGAAAUAAGUAUCCAACGGAGCAAGAUAGCAGACCGUAUUAUUUACAUUAGAAUUAUUUCACCAAAUUGAAAAUCACCCAUUCGUUGAAAAGAGCAACACACAUUUUAGGGCGUUUUCGAAGAAAGAUAAAGCUAAAAUCGCAGCAAAUUCAAAUUAAAAACUGUACUACAUGUUAUUAUUUUACUCAAUAAACAAUCAAGAAAU